UAGCUUGUGUGUAAAAUCCAAAGCCCCAUUAAUCCACACGCCUGAAUGCAAUACAGUAUACAUCUCCCAAAUCCUCUGGUAUUACUUAUUAUCAAUGAAGUUCCAAACUGAAACCUGUUCUGUCUUCUCAUCAUAAACUUGCUCGUGAUUAUUUGAUCAUUCUUUCUUUCCCAAACAAACACACAUAUAUAUAAGAGUUAAAAGCCCACCCUUUUGUUGGGUGGAGCUUCGGGAAGACCAAAAUCGUCGGCGAACAUUGACCAGAGACACUCAGAGAGCAUCGUUGAGAAGAAGAACAAGAAGCCCAAAAGCCACAAGUUUCAAAAUUUGAAACUCUAUGAGCAUUUAACCCGAAACCCAUCAAUUACUCGACGAGUUUCAAGAACUCGUAGUCUUGUUUAUAUAAGCAUGUAUUGUAGCUGCUUCAGAACCCAAGAGUUGACAGAUCUCUAAUCUCUUCCAGUAUUCAUACAUUGGUCAGCAAAAUGCGUGGUCUUGGAAAGAAAUCAUCUGUUCAGGAGUCUGGGAAAUCUCAUUACUCAACUCCUUUGUCAAAGCUAUUAUCAUCAGCAAAAUUUAAGAAAGGCGGAAAAGUUUCCCAUGUUAAAAAGGUAAAACCAAAAUCCAAGACGACUAUUGCUUCAUCCUUGUUGAAGAGAAGAAGUGCUGACUCGUCAAGGAAGGGAACAAAAAAUAAUGACACAAGUAAGAAAUUGACAACUAGAAAAGGAUUACAUAAAGCAUGUGAUGCAGAUUAUUCAAACAAGUCAUCUUCAGUGAAACUUCAGAAUGAAAAGUUCUCAAAGGAUGGCUCCGAUGAGAAAGGGGAAAAUGCCGAUGGGGAAACCAGAAUUAGAAAAAGGAGAAGAAAGAAGAAAAGCAAAAAGAAUAAAGUGGAUGUAGAUGAAACUGCUCGCUUGCAGAGGAGGACAAGGUACCUGUUAAUUAAAAUAAAAUUGGAGCAGAACCUGAUUGAUGCUUAUUCUGGUGAAGGUUGGAAGGGUCAGAGUCGAGAAAAGAUUAAACCAGAAAAAGAACUACAGAGAGCCGAGAAUCAGAUUUUGAAGUGCAAGCUUGGAAUCCGUGAUGCUAUUCAUCAGCUACAUUCACUAGGUUCAGUGGGAAGCAUUGCAGACUCUGUCAUUGAUCCAGAUGGAUCUGUUUAUCAUGAACAUAUAUUCUGCGCGAAGUGCAAGUUGAACGAAGCUUUCCCCGACAAUGAUAUUGUACUGUGUGAUGGGACAUGCAAUGCUGCGUUCCACCAAAAAUGUCUUGAUCCUCCCUUGGAUACUGAAAAUAUUCCUCGAGGAGAUCAAGGCUGGUUUUGCAAAUUUUGUGAGUGUAAAAUGGAAAUACUAGAAGUAGUCAAUGCUCAUCUUGGGACCUGCUUUUCCAUGGAUAGUACUUGGCAGGAUGUUUUCAAGGAAGAAGCUGCUUUUCCUGAUGGUGGGAAUUUAUUAUUAAAUCCAGAUGAAGAAUGGCCUUCAGAUGAGUCUGAUGACGAUGAUUAUAAUCCAGAUAGGAAUGUAAACAGUUGUAGCAUCAGCAGGGAAGGUAGUGAUGAAAAUGUAUCAGAUGAUGAAUUGUCAACUGACGGCAGCGUAGGUUCUGAUGAAUCUACCGACGGAGAUAUUGUUUCUGGCCGCAGACAGAGAAGUAGUGUUGAUUAUAAGAAGUUAUAUGAUGAAAUGUUUGGAAAGGAAGGUCCUGUGCUGGAGCAAGUUAGUGAUGAUGAAGACUGGGGUCCUGGUAAAAGAAAGCGAAGAGAAAAAGAAUCUGAUGCUGCCAGCACUCUUAUGACUCUCUAUGAGAGUGAGAGAAAUCCAGAUGCUGUCCCUACAGAAGUGAAAAGUAAACCUACUACUGAUACGCAUGUCAGAAGGUCAUGUUUCCGGAUUCCUCGCAAUGCGGUUGAGAAACUCCGCCAAGUGUUUUCUGAAAAUGAACUUCCUUCUAAAGCUGUCAAGGAUAAUCUUUCCAAAGAGUUGGGCCUUGAUCCUGAGAAGGUUAGUAAAUGGUUCAAGAACACACGCUACCUGGCUCUUAAAACCAGAAAGGCAGAGGGAACCAAAAACCUUCACACUUCUGCUUCUGAAAUCAACAAGGAAUCCAGAUAUGAAAAUGUGACAGGAAAAGCUGUUGAUCUCAUGGCAUCUGAUUUUGAGGACGCCUCAACUGAAACUGUGGUCCAUUCCCCAAGGAAUAUUAAGAAGCCUUCCGGAGAAAGCAUCCAAAGUCAUUAA